AGGUUUCCGUUGUCAAGGACGCGGCGUCGGUUGUUGUCAAGAUGGCGGCUGCAGGGUUGCUGCCGCCCCGUCUGCUAUUGCCCGGCGAGGUCGCCGCUGCCUCAGCUGCCAUCGCCACUACAGGCACCAGUGCCGCUGCGCGGGAGCUAGGGCUGUCGAGGCCAACCCUUCCGCGCCCGUGACGCGGGGCCUGAGAGACGGAGUGUAGGGAGGGGCCGAGCAGGAGGAGGAGGAAGCCAGAGCUGCCAUGAGGGAGGUGCUGGGGGCGAGCAGAGAGGCGGCGCUGAAGUGAAGGAUGCUGGCGGGGAGGCCCGGAGCCCGGAGCGCGGUCGGGGAACUGAGCACUGAAUCAUCGGACAACCUCGACAGAGCCCUCCUCGGCCCUCGGGAGAGCGGCGGGCAUCACCGACCUGGCGCUUACCUAGAUAUGAAAAUCCAUCUGGAGAAAAAUUUAGAAGAAGAGCGCCAGAUAUUACUGCAGCAACAAAAAAUAUGUCGAAAUCGAGCACGUAAAUAUUUUGUGGAGUCAAAUCGGAGAAAAAAAGCUUUUGAGGAGAAACGAAAAGAACAAGAAGAAAAAGAACACCAAAUUAGAGAACAAAUACUUCAACAAAGAAAACAGAAGUUUGAAGAAGUUACUGAAAAAUUCCAGCGUGCCCAUAUUCCUCUUUCACAGCGGAGGAAAGCAGUUUUCCGAAAACCAGUUCCUCCAUUAGAAGAGGCCCUCAAACAAAUUCAGGAAUCCAACUUAAAAUCAGAAGUAAACCUUCCCUUUUCCCGUAGACCAACAAUAAACUGGAGAGCUAUAGAUUCUGCCUUGCCUUCAGCAUUAUCAAAAAAUGAUCACAAGCAUCAGAAACAACUCUUAUCCAAAAUCGAUUGUGAGAAAGAAAUGAAUGAAAACAUGAGGGCAACCUUGGCUACUAGCAAAAAUGUGUUCCAGCUUAAACUGGAGGAAACUCAGAAACUCCUAGAAGAUCAGCAUCUGAGCAAUUUGCAAAAAUUUUGUGAUGAAGUUAAUCAGAUAACCAAUUCUGAAACCCUCUCAAGUAUAGACAGUCUUGAGGCUACAGAGCAUGAAGAAAUAUAUUUAACACUUAAUAAGGAGCAUUCCACAUCCAUCCAGCGGAAUACCAUUUCCCUCAAACCAGCAAAUAUGCAAUCAACUAAUCUCAGCUGCUUUGAUGAAGAUAAACUGGCAUUCUCUAAAACUCAACAUAUAAAUAAUUGGCUUACGAAUUUAGAUGCUUCAAAUAAUCAGAAUGUCACACCUUUCUCAGAUAUUUUAAGUAAAUCUAAUGUUCUGCCUUCAUGGGAAUGUUUUAAUAGUAAAGAACAAAAUCCAUCUCCUUUGAAUGGAACAGUGAAAAGAGCCACAAAUACUGCUAAUAAUUCAGUACCCUUUGUAUCUAGCCCACCCAUAAUUGUGCUAGAUAAAAAAUGUGAAAAGACCUCUGAAACUAGCACUAUGAGGAGAACCGACUCCACUUCUGGAGCAUUCAAAAGAGAGAAACCGUUAGUUACUGAGAGCCCAACAUUUAAAUUUAGCAAAUCCCAAAGCACUUCAGAUUCUCUAACUCGGGAAGUGGCUACAUUUCCAGACCAAGAGAAAUAUUCUGAAUUAAAUCAAGAAAAUGGAACUACUUCAAUUCCUACUUCAUGUGUACCAGUGGCAACGCCUUUAGUUUUGCCAUCUAAUAUACAGUCAGCUAGACCUUCAGCAAAGAACAGUAUACACAUAAAAGAAAUUGAUGCAGUGCAGUGUUCUGAUAAGUUAGAUGAAUUGAAAGAUGGUAAAGAAGAAGAGAUAAAAUAUUUUAAUUGCAAUAAGGGAGAGUUGCCUUUAUUUUCAGACAGUUUUCAAAAUGCCUAUAUACCUCACAAUCCUGAUUCAAAAGAUGAAAAACAAAAAUUAGCUGAAACAUCAUCCUUGUCUAAUGUAACUUCUAAUUAUGACUUUGUUGGCCAGCAUAAGAAAAUGAAAUACAACAUCCAUGAGAGAAAUGGUGUGAGAUUUCUUAAAAGUAUUUUAAAGAAAGAAUCUAAAUAUGAACAUGGUUAUCUUAAAGCAUUAAUUAUAAAUCAGAGCUUUAAGUUUGGAAAUCAAAAAGCAGCGGCUAUCAGAGAUAGUAUUGAAUUAACAAAGGAAAGGGAAAAAGGUGUAGAAAUUCCAAAGACUAUUAAAAAACUGAGGUGGUUUGAUGAAACUAGCAAUAUAGAAAACAAUGCUGAAGACAGUCAUUCACUGAAGAAUAAAACAGGAACAACUCAACAGCAUUCUCAACAAUUCCACAUUCAAAGUGGUGCUGGAAGCAACAUAAUUAGUGUUUCUACUUGUGCUGUAAAUUCUGCUGAUAGAAAGAAGUCCAGGGAGGAUUCAAUCCCUGAAAAUGUUACGACUUUAGGAGGAUCUGGAGCAGACCAUAUGCCUUUGAACUGUUUUAUACCUUCAGGUUAUAACUUUGCUAAACAUGCCUGGCCAGCCUCAAAAAAUGAAGAAAGUAAAAUCCCUGUACAUGAUGAUUCUAAAACUAAGCAAGGUAAGCCACAAAGAGGUAGAGCAAAAAUAAUUAGAAAACCAGGAUCUGCAAAAGUCCAAUCAGGCUUUAUAUGUACAGACAGAAAAGGCACUGUCAUUCAACCACAAUCUGCAAGCAAAGUCAACAUAUUUACACAAGCUCAGGGAAAAUUAAUUAUACCUCGUCCUCCUCCUCAAUCUACAUCAAAUAUUAGAAGUGGUAAAAAUAUACAAGUGUCUCAGUGUCAAUCAGUAACUCCUGAAAAUCCUCAAAACAUUAUUACACAUAACUCUUUUAAUUCAAAACAUGUGCUUCCAACAGAACACAGUUUGAAUCAGUGGAAUCAGGAAAGUAGUUCUCCACUCUCAAAUGCUUGUUCUGACCUAGUCACUGUGAUACCAUCACUGCCAUCAUACUGUUCUUCAGAGUGCCAUACUUUCGCAAAAAUAAAUCAUUCAAAUGGCACUCAAGCAGUUGCCCAGCAAGAUGGGACAUUAUAUUGCACCCAAAGAAGUCCUGUUUAUGAAGAAAGUUAUCCAUCUGUGACUCUAAGAACUGCUGAAGAAGAAUCAGUUCCCUUGUGGAAAAGAGGGCCUAAUGUCCUGCAUCAAAAUAAGAGGGCUACGGGGUCUGCUGUUAUGAGAAGAAAACGAAUUGUUGAAACUAAGCGAAGAAAUAUUUUAGAACAGAAAAGACAAAACCCUGGAUCUGUAGGACAGAAGUACAGUGAGCAAGUUAAUAAUUUUGGACAAAGUGUCCUGCUAAGUUCAAGUGAGCCAAAACAAACUACAAGGGGUACUUCUUAUGUUGAAGAAGUUUCAGAUAGUACUUCUGAGUUUUUGAUGGCUGAAAACUUAGUGACAGCAUCAGUGCCGGAGGAUGAGAUUCUGACUGUCUUGAAUAGCAAACCGAUACAGAAAUCAAAUCUACCUUUAAAUAAAACUCAACAAUUCAACAUCUGCACACUGUCAGCUGAAGAACAGAAGAUCCUAGAGUCCCUUAAUGAUCUCAAUGAAAGACUACAUUAUAUACAAGGAUCCAUUUGCAAAAACUCAUCCAUCAAAAAUACUUUACAAAUAAUACCACUUCUGGAGAAGAGAGAAGAUAGAACCAGCAGCUGCAGAGACAAGAGAUAAUUCCAGCAGGAUCUGUCUAAGAAGACCCUUCAUGUACUUCUCUAGGACUAGAUACCAUUUUGUGAAAACCAGCCAUAGGAAAACAUGUGAGCAACAACCCCCGUGAACAUUUGUCAUAACUCAGAUUUUGUGAGCAGUGAAGUUUAACAGAGCAGUGACAUUUAACAAAGCAGUGAAGUUUAACAGAGUUCUGAGAAUACCAUGAAAGACAUUAUGCCUGCCUGAACAAAAAGCAGGACAUAACCUAGCUCUGAAUACAUGCCACAAGGAUGAAGUUUAUGAGUAGAGCAAACAAACAUUUUUCCAAAGAAUUCACAGUGCUCCUUUGCAAUUUAUAGAUUUCAUGUUGAAAUAUAUAUUAAAUAAAAUUUCUGUUUAUUGAA